UGGUCUACCCAGGUGUCGACCAUGCCCGAGUACCUGGGCAAGAGGUUCGGGGGGGGGCGGAUCCAGCUCUACCUGGCCCUGCUCUCGCUGGGCCUCUACGUGUCCACCAAGAUCUCGGUGGACAUGUACUCUGGGGCGCUGUUCAUCCGCGAGGCGCUGGGCUGGGACCUCUACGCCUCCGUGGGGGCCCUGCUGGGCGUCACCGCCGUCUACACCGUCACCGGGGGCCUGGCGGCGCUGAUGUUCGCGGACCUCCUGCAGACCCUCAUCAUCGUCCUGGGGGCCUCCGUGCUGGCCGGAUACGCGCUGACCGCCGUGGGGGGCUACGAGGGGCUGCUGGAGCGCUACCCCCUGGCCCUGCCCCCCAACGCGACGGGGCCCUGCGGGAGGCCCCGCCCCGACGCCUUCCACCUCCUCCGCCACCCCAGCACGGGGGACCUGCCCUGGCCCGGCCUCAUACUGGGACUGGGCAUCAUCUCCGCCUGGUACUGGUGCACCGACCAGGUGAUCGUGCAGCGCUGCCUCGCCGGCCGCUCCCUCACCCACGUCCGGGCCGGCUGCGUCGUCUGCGGGUACCUCAAAGUGCUGCCCAUGUUCCUCAUGGUCCUGCCCGGAAUGGCCGCCCGCGUCCUCUUCCCGGAUGUCGUGGGCUGUGCCGACCCCCAGAACUGCGCCCGGGCCUGCGGCUCCCCCGUCGGCUGCUCCAACGUGGCCUACCCGCGCCUGGUGCUCACCCUGCUGCCCGCCGGGCUGCGGGGGUUGAUGCUGGCGGUGGUUCUGGCGGCGCUGAUGUCGUCGCUGGCCUCGAUCUUCGCCAGCUCCGCCGCCCUCUUCACCUUCGACGUCUACCAGAGGCUCCGCCCCCGGGCGGGGCCGCGCCACCUGCUCGUCGUCGGCAG